CUCUCCUCCACUCUGCUCAAACACGAUUUUUUAGAUUCCCAAAAUCUCGUUGGGUUCCUGCAUUGUGAUUGAUCAAUCCAUAUACAAAUGCAUCUUCAUAUACAUCAUAAAAAGGUUCGAAAUACAUCAGCCACAAGAAAAAACCGCAGUUUCUGAAGUAAAAAAAUGCAACUUUUCCAUCUGGGUUUUGUUCUAUCUUCGCUCUAACACUAAUUUUUCACCCAAAUUCACCAUCAUGGACUUCAUGAAAGAGAAGCAAGUCAGGUUUUACACCGGCGAAAAUGGAAAGUCAAACUUCGAACAUUCAUGGCAAAUCCCAGAAAAGCAAAUACCAGAACACAAGAUUUCAUCAGCCCCAUUGCUAACGAAUGGCGCUAAAAGUCAUAUGGGUGUUAUUAAAUUGGGGAAAUCGAGAGUUCACCCAGAAGAAGCCACCGAUUUAAACGGAAAAAGGGUUUUAGAUCCUGGAAGCGAAGUGAUCUUACAAUGGAACAGAAUGUUUCUUUUCUCUUGUUUAGUCGCCCUUUUCGUUGAUCCCUUGUUUUUCUACCUCCCUUCAGUACAAAUCAAUGGUGGUUCUUCAUGUAUGCUGUCUGAUUUGAAUUUGGGGAUUGUUGUUACUUGUUUACGAACAAUUGCAGAUAUAUUUUACAUGUUGCACAUAUUUAUAAAGUUCAGAACAGCUUAUGUGUCUCCAAGUUCACGAGUUUUAGGAAGAGGUGAACUUGUUAUGGAUCCUGAAAAAAUAGCAAAAAGGUACAUGAAGUCGGAUUUCUUCAUUGAUCUUGUUGCCACUUUGCCUCUUCCUCAGAUUGUGAUAUGGUUUAUUAUUCCGGCUAUUAGAACACAACAUGCUGAUCAUACCACAAAUGCCCUUGUAUUAAUUGUGCUCCUUCAAUAUAUUCCAAGAUUCUAUCUUAUUUUUCCAUUGAGCUCUCAAAUCAUUAAAGCUACUGGAGUUGUCACCAAAACUGCUUGGGCUGGAGCUGCAUAUAAUCUUGUGUUGUACAUGUUAGCUAGUCAUGUUUUAGGGGCAUCAUGGUACUUGUUGUCUUUUGAAAGACAUGCAACAUGUUGGAAAUCCACAUGCAGAAAUGAUGAUGUUUCAAUAAAAUGUUUUCUUCCUUAUUUGGAUUGUGGUUCUUCAAAUGAUGAUGAAAGGAUAAAAUGGGCAAAUGGGACAAAUCUUUUUAGUAUUUGUGAUCCUGAUAACCCUGAAGGUUUUAAUUAUGGGAUAUUUGGAGAUGCUGUUUCAAAAGGUGUUGUUUCCUCUAACUUUGUUGAAAAGUACUUCUACUGUUUAUGGUGGGGCUUACAAAAUUUGAGUUCGUAUGGACAGAAUUUGUCCACAAGCACAUAUAUUGGAGAAACAUCUUUUGCCAUACUCAUUGCCAUUAUGGGGCUCGUAUUAUUUGCACAUUUAAUUGGAAAUAUGCAGACCUACCUACAAUCCAUCACGGUAAGGCUUGAGGAGUGGCGGCUGAGGCGGCGAGACACCGAGGAAUGGAUGAGACACCGCCAGCUCCCAAACGACUUACAAGAACGUGUCCGCAAGUUCGUACAGUAUAAAUGGCUCGCAACACGCGGAGUUGAUGAAGAAUCUAUUUUACGCGCUUUACCGUCCGAUCUCCGUCGAGAUAUCCAACGCCACUUGUGUCUCGAUCUCGUUCGACGUGUCCCGUUUUUCUCACAAAUGGAUGAUCAACUACUCGACGCGAUAUGCGAGCGAUUAGUCUCGUCGUUAAGCACCCAAGGCACGUUCAUAGUACGGGAAGGCGAUCCGGUUUCAGAAAUGCUUUUUAUCAUUCGGGGAAGACUCGAUAGUUCAACAACUAACGGAGGCCGAACUGGUUUUUUCAAUUCGAUUACUUUACGGCCCGGUGAUUUUUGUGGCGAAGAGUUGCUUGCGUGGGCCCUACACCCGAAAUCGACCCUAAAUUUACCAUCUUCAACGAGAACCGUAAAAGCCCUAAGCGAAGUGGAAGCGUUUGCAUUACGUGCCGAGGAUCUAAAGUUUGUUGCUAAUCAGUUCCGGCGAUUACACAGUAAAAAACUUCAACACACGUUUAGGUUUUACUCGUAUCAUUGGCGGACAUGGGCGGCUUGUUUUAUUCAGGCGGCUUGGCGGCGGAUUAAGAAGCGGAGAAUGGCGUGGAAUCUUAGUAUGAGUGAAUCGUCGUAUAGGCCCGAUGAUGAUGAUGAUCAUCAUCAUGGUUAUGAUGAUGAUGAUGAGCGGAUGGAUGAAAUGGACCACCACGAGGAGGCGGCAGCGGAGGCGGUGUAUGAUGGGAAUCCGGCGAAGCAGAAUUUGAAUGUUACGAUAUUGGCUUCGAGAUUUGCAGCGAAUACGAGGCGAGGGAUGUUGAAAACGAAGGAUGUUGAGUUGAUUAAGUUACAGAAGCCGGAUGAACCUGACUUCUCGGCCGAUCCUGAUGACGAUUAGUUAUACUGGAUACGGAUACUGAUAUGGAUACGGAUAAUAUGAUACAAAUGCAGAUAUGGGUGCAUGAUACAUGAUACUUGUGUAGUUAGUGGUAUGUGGGUAUUUAUGAAAUACUUCAAUAGCGUGUCAAUAUGUACUAUUAAGUGAUCGAUUAAGCAUGAUUAAACGUUCCGAUA